AUCCCGCCAAAAUGAGCCGAUGUACCUGUAAUACAUAUUUGAACCUUCGCGGAGUAAGACGUAUCGACAACAGGGUUAAUCAGGAUCUUUAUGAUAGCGAUAUGCUAUCUAUUUACAGAAAUAGGUUAACAGUUUGGACUUUGUUUGAUCACAAACAAUUUGGCGGUUAAAACAUAUAUAGUUCAAAUUCGUCAGACGUCGCUGAGAUCUCAAUCUUAUUUUCUUUCUAACUUGCAUAAACAAUUCUAAUUUCUUAUGGCUGCAAUGGCUGCGACUAGAGGAGAUGCCACAGGUUCCUUGAGGAAUCUUACAUGUCCAAUGUGUCUCGGAAUCUUCACUGAAGCAACCAUCUUGACAUCAUGCGGACACACAUUCUGCAGGAACUGUCUGAAGACCUACGACCUGUCUCACCAGGACCGUAACUACAUGGUCUGUCCUCUCUGUCAGAAGAACACUAAUUUGUCUGCGAACCGUGUCGAUGGCUUGCUUGCAAACGUAACGGUUAAUAAAUUCGUGGACGAUUACCGGGCGAAAAAUGGAGGAGCAAAUGCAACCACUGCUCAGAUCCGCCCAAAAUGCACCUCUUGCAAGCCUCAGCCACAUGCUGUUUCAUUCUGCAGAACUUGUAAUGACCACUUGUGUGAUGAGUGCCGGUAUUGCCAUGAGCAUCUUAGUGUCUUUGAAGGUCACGAUAUUGUUUCCAUGCAGGAUGCUAUUAAGAAAUGUUCCUUCCACAGACUGGAGAAGAAAGAUGUAUUUUGUGAGGAUUGUAAAAUCUACAUCUGUCUCAAAUGCUUACCCGACGGUCAUCAGUAUCAUAAAAUCCAGAAUCGGGCCACCUUCGGUGAGGAGCUGCAGCUUGAAGUGGACAACCUUGUCAAACGAUGCGUAACUAAGGAACCAGAACUGCAGAAGAACAUUCAGAAUGUAGCGGUUCAACAAAAUGAGGUAACCAUUGCUAUGCAGAGGCUUCUGCAUGAUGUAAACAAUGCCUACAGAAUCAAAAGCAGAAGGCUGAAAGAGUAUCGUCAGAACCUCAAGACACAAAUUCUUACACUAGAAACGAGUUAUGGCGACGCCUUAAACGGCGUGAAAUCCAAUGAUCUACAGAAGAUUGAAAGUAUCCGUAGUUCAAUAGCCAGGAUAUCAAAGCUAGAUAAAGACACACUGGGUAAUCUUGAGACAGAGUAUCUGUCUGUUCAUAAAUUUAUGUGUAAAGAUCUAGAUUACUUGCUGAAAGAGGGUAAUGGUGGCACUUCGGCUGAGGUCAUUACGAAUAAAGCUCAAAGGAAUAAGUUCAAGCCAUCUGGUAAAACUCGAAUUACUCUGGGGAGCAUAUCAGGAUUCACCGAUACCAACCCCGGGACUGCAUUGACAGCAAAGAUUAAGGUAAAGAAGGAGAAGGGUGAUAGCAAGAAAAAGAAGAAAAAGAGGAAUGUGGAGAAGAAUAAAAAGACAAACCAGAACAGAAAAGAGGAGCUGAAGAAGAAGAAGAAGAAGAAGAAGAAUGGAGAAAAUGGACUUAAUGUUGUUGGGCAAAUCAUACCAGGAUCCAGCAAACAAAUUUCUGGUGCCGCUAGUAUAAAUAAAACGGAUACUACACAAAGGAACAUCUCCAAGCCCCAUGAUAGUACUCGCCGUGACCUCGAGAAUAUCACAAAACAGAAGGGUCACACUGCCAUUACGAUGGAAGCACCCGGGAAGAUGUUAAUGUCUGCCGGUAAUAUUCGCAAGGAAACCCGGAGCAUCUCUGAGUCUUCUCAUAGUUCGGUAACGAUUAAGGAAUGUGGUAAAAAGAGGUUGAAGUCCGCGGAUGACAACCCCUUUUUCGUCUCAGGGUGCAUCAAUUCAAGGGAGGCAGCACGGAAAAGGUUUAAGUCUGGAGAUGAUAAUCGUCCUAACCACGGGAGCAUCUCAGAAGGUGCUGAUCAAACUCACUCUGGGACUAACACUGGAGAGAAGGCAUUGGAGUCUAGAGAAUCUUCCGUUGCUAUUGUUAGAAAUGUACCGCCGCUCAAGAGAAUAAAUUCUGUUGAUUACCAUACUCGCCCUGGUUCAGAAAGCAUCGUACGAUCUGCUGAUCACACGUAUGCUGCAUGUGCAACAAUUGCAAAGAUAAGUCAGAAUAAAGUAAGGUCUGCGCAUGGUCCAUCUCUUGUAUUCACAGCGGUCACAAAAUCUACUAAUCACACUUCUGAAAUACCUGUUGCGAUGAAGUUGCAAUAUAAGAAUUCAAAGCCUAACCUGGGGAACAUUUCAAGACCCCGUGAUGAAACAUGUAUGCCUACAUCAGUCAUGGACAACAAAAGACUAUAUGAGAAGAAAACAAAGCUUCAAGACGAUUCUGGUCUUGAUCCUGAACCUAACGCUAGAACCACUGUUCACUCUCCUGCUCCUGCCGGAAGCCCAACUAGAAUGGACGCACAUAGCACUAAUAUUCCCAAGCCUGAUGACAAUGACAAUGUUCGACUACUUGGGAGCAUCUCGGAUUCCACUCAUGCAAAAAUGGCGGGAGCCAUGACGAAGAAAUUGCAGAAGAAUAUAUUGAAGCAGGCUCAUCUUGAUUCUACAAGCAUCCGAAGAUCGAAUGACUCCUUUGGGGCGGCCAUUACGAAGGAAAAAGAGGAGGGAAGGUUCAAGUCUUCACCUGCUUCUAUGGCUUCACUUGGUAAAACAUCUGCGCCUGUCUUUAAGAAAAAAGUAGAAGCGAGUAUAUCAAAACCUCAAAGUGAUAUUCGUCUUGACCACGGGGCUAUCUCGGGUUCUAAUAAUACUUCUGGGUCAAUCGUCAGAAAUACAGAAGGUCUUAGAAGGUGCAAUUCUGAAGCUAAUUCCUGUGUUCGGCCUACAGGUCUCAAGAAUUGUUUGGCACAGAAAACUGAAAUUUCCAAACCAGCUGAUUCUCGCUUCCCCGGUGACAUCCCAAGAUCAAACAUGUCCGUGGCAGAAAUUAAGAAAGUAGGCCCACAGGAGAAAAGAUUUAAGAUUAAAAAAACCCCGCCAAAUCAAGACAUUCACCUUGUGACUACCACUGGAGCUUCUCCUGUGUCCGGAGAAUCUCCAGCAACAAUCGGUAAGAAAAUGCCAAUGCUUAAGGGAACAAAGUCGGUUGAUAAUUUCAUUCUUGGUUCGGAGAGAAUCUCUAGAUGUACUGAUCACUCUUCUACGGGAACCAUUAGCAAGAAAAGUCAGAACAAGUCGACGUCUGAAAUUCAUGCACCCAUGGACCUCAGGAUGCUCCAAGGAUCUACGAACUAUACUACAGAAAUGUGUACUACGGAGAUGACUCAGGGGAAGAGUUUGAAGUCUGACCUUGGGAAUAUUUCAGAAGCUGGUGGUGACACAUAUAGUCCUACACCAACCAUAAAAAAGAAAGGACAACUUGAAAAGGUAAUAAAGCGCGAACAUGACAAUUGUUUUGACCCUAACCCCAACUCGAGAACUACUGCUUUUCAUCAACUUCCUGUGAGCAUCUCGGGAUCCACUGAUCAAAAAUCUACAGGAGCCGUGAAGAAGAAAGCAGGUUUACAGGAAAUAAUUAAGAAAUUAAAUCCUAUAGGUGAUGCUAAUCUUGGGGUCGCCACUGUGAAGAAAACACAGGAGACACUAUCAAAGUCAAUCGAUAAUAGUCGAGACCUCGGGAGCAUCUCAGUCUCAACUAAUCACACGUCUAUAGCAACCAAUGCAAAGAGAGUAGAGGAAAGUAGUUCUAAGAUUUCAAGUGAUACCCGUCUUAACUUAGAUAGCUUUCCGAGAUCAAGUCGGAAAUUGGAAGUCGUACGAUCUAUAGGCCUACGAGGAUCGAUGUGGGUGUUGGCUAAGCACUCUGACCGAAGUGUGGCUAUCCGCCAUACAAACGGUAUUGACAUCAUCGAUGUAGCAGGCGAAAGGUACCAAGGCACUGCGGAGAAUUGCUAUGACUUUGUUUACCAACGAGACAAGUCGAUAUGUAUGUCAGUGGGUAAUACAGAAGCACAUAUAUAUUCUCCCGAUGGCUCCAAGAAAGCAACAAUCCGCGUUAAAAGUAACGGCAAAUUUAUCUCUGUGAACAAGAGUCCAUCAGAUGAAAUCCUCGUUACCAACAAUGGAAAUCAAGUCUACAUCUUUGACGAAGCGGGAUCCAAUCUUAAACAUACCGUUCGAACAGUACAGAGCAAGACAAGACAGGUAUCUGCCACUUCAUCAGGUUUGGUCGUCACCAGCUCGUGCAACACGAAACCGAGUAUUGUGGCGGUCUAUGACAGGAAGGGGAAUGCUGGCAAGCCCCUGAUUGCUCCAAACGAUGUCUACCUGUAUGUUGCCAUAGAUGAAAAUGACAGAAUUUACAUAGCGAGUGUUGAUUGGAAGAAUAGUAAAGUGGUGAUCAGGCUCUAUGAUCUUGAUGGUCUGAAUCUGAAGGAAAGACUUGAGUUUGGUGCUCUUGAUACACCGUUUUGUAAUUACUGGUGCACCUUAGUUUCUCUCUCCCCAGACUUGCUCGCUUUUGCUUGCCACCGGAAGUUGUACUUUAUCAGAGUUCCACUCUAA